CCUCAUUCCCAAACUCCACACAGAAGCCCCAGAGAGAGCAGAGACAGAGUGGGACUAUGAUCAUCUCUUUCUUUUCCUCUGAUUCGAUGAAACACAAUAUAUCAUUCUGAAUUUGCUGCAGUUCUCUUGCAAAGACAACAGACUUACAGUGUAACAUCUACAGUCUGAAAAUGAAUUGUACAAGAGUUCUCCAUGCUUUUGGUCACUCCCAGCCCGCUGUGAUGCCAGUUGACCUCGCCAUGUGUUUGAGCCUCAGUCAGCGCCAGCCUCUUUAUCAACUGCUGUCCAUGUCUCCUCUGAAACCCACACAGCAUCAUUGUCAGCCAACUGACUGUCUGCCAAGGGCCAGCCUUCGCUCUCUGUAUCACUCCCCCCCUUCCUCCUUGUCAUCCUCGUUGCUCCCCUCCUCCGCUGUGCCCUCAGAGCCUCGAAGCUGUUUCCGCCGGGACAGCAGCAGUGUGAACAAAAAGCGUGUGGUGUUUGCAGACGCGAAGGGAUUGGCGCUCACUGCUGUGCGCCUGUUCAUCCCUGAGCCGUCCUCUCCCACUCCUACUCUGGUGAUGAAACCCUCACCGGCCAAACUGCAAGGCCAACAGUCGACCUCAAACAACCUGCAGCGUUACAAGUUGCGGACUGGGUUUUCCUCAGCCGACGCUGGACUUUAAAGCCUUCCUUGCACGUCUGAGAGAGAUGCGUGUACAGCUGGAAAGCUGCAACAUUUCAGAACACUCCCUGAGUGGCAAAGUGUGUGUCUCCCAUGUCAGUGCCGAGAAGGCUGUGCACGUAAGGGUGACCUUUGACUCUUGGCGGAGCCAUCAUGACAUUCCCUGUACAUUCCUGCAGCAGCAGCGCCAUGGGGGUUCUGAUAUGGGCAUUUUUUCCUUUGACUUAAGCUUACCCCAGAACAUAAACCCAAAGGAGCGAAUAGAGUUUUGUGUGUCCCUUAGGCCGGGAGCUGGAGCAACGCCACUUUGGGACGACAACAGAGGGCAGAAUUACAGGGUGUGUGUGGAAAAAGAUGGAUCAAACACUAAACAGAGAGACACUAACCGUUGUUAUCCCACACUUUCUAAAUAUCGGCCACCAUCUUGGCCUUCAUCUGUGUCCCUCAGUAUGCAGGACUCUGCUGAUCUGCAGCAUCUUCAGAGGAGUUUAUCAAGCAGAGUCAGAGCAGAGUGGAAAACUCUGUGUUCAACUAACUAGACCUGUGGAAUUCUCAACAGAGCUGAGGAUAUGUAUAUAUUAUGUGAAUAAGGAUGUAUGAAAUUUUUCAAAUGUCAGUGUUGGAUGGUCUAAAGUCUGCUGUUUGAAAAACAGCUCACCCACCUGAGCUGAACUACCCUGCUCAAAUGUGAAUAAUUUAAUCAAUGUUGUGAUUAAAUCUAUCCCAAAAAAAAAACAAAAAACAAAAACGCGUACCCUUCUCUUUU